AGGGCCGCAGCGGCCGCGUCUCAAUCCGAGCAGCUCGGGUUUUUUUUUUCUAUGGGCGCAAAAACCCGGAGGAAGCAGCAGCAGAAACCAGGAGCAGAGACACACACACGGCUUCAAUCGGGCCUGAGACAUGCUGUAAUACCCGGACACACACACACACACACACACACACACACACACACACACACACACACACACACACACACAGACGUGCGGCGGCCCCGGAGAUGAGCAGCAGGACUGAGAUUGUGCUGAGACUCUGUGCGUCUGUGCGCCGUCACUGCGCUCUUCUGUUCACGGUGUCCCAUUCAGGAGGAGGUGCAGGAGCCUCUAAAUUGUUCUGAAAAGGGAAAAGGAGAACAAACAGGGGAAGUGGCCAUGGCUACAGCUCCCUCCUUCUUCUCCAACGGACCCGGGCCUUGGACGCCGAGCGACACGGAGAUGAACAGCGUGUACAGAGACUUGGAGCUCGGCACCGUGCUCACGCUCUUCUACUCGAAGAAAUCCCAGAGGCCCGAGAGGAGGACGUUUCAGGUGAAGCUGGAGACGAGACAGAUCAUAUGGACCAGAGGGACGGACAAGAUCGAGGGAGAAAUCGAUAUUCGAGAGAUUAAGGAGAUCCGGUCGGGACAGAAGUCUCGGGACUUUGAGCGUUAUGUGGAGGACUCGGCUAUCAGACCUGACCAGGCACACUGCUUCGUCAUCCUCUAUGGCACAGAGUUUCGCCUCAAAUCCCUCAGUCUGGCAGCAACGUCAGAUGAGGAGAUGUCCAUGUGGGUGAAGGGUCUGAACUGGCUCGUGACCGACACCCUGCGAUCCCCUACUCCUCUACAGAUCGAACGGUGGUUAAGGAAGCAGUUUUACGCUGUCGAUCGCAGCAAAGAAGACAAAAUUUCCUGUAAGGAUCUUAAAAGCAUGCUGAGCCAAGUCAACUACCGAGUCCCUAACAUGAAGUUUCUACGAGAGAAGCUUCCGGACGGAGAUCUGAGGAGUGGCGACGUCUCGUAUAGUCAGUUUGCGCUGCUGUACCGUAGCCUGAUGUUUGAUGCACAGAAAUCUAUGGAUAUUCAAUUCCUUCAAAGUUUUAUCGAGCGGCCCGAGCAGAGGAUCGCGCAGGAGGAUUUUCAGCGCUUUCUGAUUGAGAAUCAGAAGGAGCUUUGGGCUACAGACAAUAACAAGGUUCAGGAGUUUAUGUUUAAUUACCUGAAGGAUCCACUGAGGGAGAUCGAGCAGCCUUAUUUUUAUCAGGAUGAGUUCCUCACCUACCUGUUCUCCAAGGAGAACUCCAUCUGGGAUUCCACACUGGACAACGUGCAUCCUGAGGACAUGAACAAUCCUCUGUCGCACUACUGGAUUUCCUCCUCACAUAAUACCUACCUGACGGGAGACCAGUUUUCCAGCGAGUCAUCUCUGGAGGCGUAUGCCCGCUGCCUGAGGAUGGGCUGCAGAUGCAUUGAGUUGGACUGCUGGGACGGUCCUGAUGGGAUGCCGGUCAUCUAUCACGGUCACACACUCACCACCAAGAUCAAGUUCUGUGAUGUCCUCAAUACUAUCAAAGAGCAUGCAUUCGUCACGUCCGAAUUUCCCAUCAUCCUCUCCAUCGAGGACCACUGCAGCAUCGUGCAGCAGAGGAACAUGGCCAUGUUCUUCAAGAAGGUGUUUGGUGAAAUGCUCCUGACUAAAGCAGUGGACAUUACUGCAGACGGACUUCCAUCACCGAAUCAGCUCAAGAGGAAGAUUCUGAUCAAGCACAAGAAGCUAGCAGAAGGAAGUGCGUAUGAAGAGGUUUCCACGUCCACGCCGUACUCCGAGAACGACAUCAGCAACUCCAUCAAGAAUGGCAUCUUGUUCCUGGAGGACCCCAUCAACCAUGAGUGGUACCCACACUUUUUUGUCCUGACAAGCAGCAAGAUCUACUACUCAGAGGAAACCACCAGUAACCAAGGCAACGAGGAUGAGGAGGAACACCGCGAGGUCGGGAAUGGCAUGGAUCAGCAUGUGAGCGAGAAGUGGUUCCACGGGAAGCUGGGCGCGGGUCGAGACGGCCGGCAGAUUGCAGAGCGUCUCCUCUCGGAGUACUGCCUGGAGACCGGCGCUCCGGACGGUUCCUUCCUGGUGCGGGAGAGCGAGACGUUUGUUGGCGACUACACUUUAUCUUUCUGGCGUUCAGGUCGUGUUCAGCACUGUAGGAUUCACUCUCGCCAAGAAGCCGGCAGCCCCAAAUUCUACCUGACUGACAACCUGGUGUUCGACACACUCUUCGCCCUCAUCACACACUAUCAGCAGGUGGCGCUGCGCUGCAACGAGUUUGAGAUGAAGCUGACUGAGCCUGUGCCUCAGACCAACGCCCACGAGAGCAAAGAGUGGUAUCACGCGUGUCUGACCCGGAGCCAGGCGGAGAACAUGCUGAUGAGGGUGCCGCGUGACGGAGCCUUCCUUGUGAGGAAGAGGACAGAGAUAAAUUCCUACGCCAUCUCCUUUCGAGCUGAGGGGAAGAUUAAACACUGUCGGGUGCAGCAGGAGGGACAGACGGUUGUUCUCGGUACAUCAGAGUUUGACAGUUUGGUGGAUUUGAUCAGUUACUAUGAGAAACACCCGCUGUACCGCAAGAUGAAGCUGCGUUACCCCAUCAACGAGGAGACACUGGAGAAGAUCGGCACUGCUGAACCGGACUAUGGUUCUCUAUAUGAAGGACGGAACCCAGGUUUCUAUGUGGAAGCCAAUCAGAUGCCUACAUUUAAGUGCACUGUGAGAGCGAUGUUCGAGUAUAAGGCUCAGCGUGAUGACGAGCUCUCCUUCGGUAAAAAUGCCAUCAUUCAGAAUGUAGACAAACAGGAAGGAGGCUGGUGGAAAGGUGACUUUGGUGGAAAGAAGCAGCUGUGGUUUCCUGCUAAUUAUGUUGAAGAGAUAAGUCACACAGCAGUAGAACCGGACAGAGGCGCGGCAGAGAACAGCCCACUGGGAGAUCUCCUGAGAGGAAGUGUGGACGUGUCUUCCUGUCAGAUCGUGGUGAGGCCUGAUGGGAAAGGCAGUCGUCCCCAUGUGUUCUCUUUAGUCCCCAUGGGUUCUCCGCGUACAAACGCCAUGCUGGACGUAGCUGCUAGCUCUCAGGAGGAGCUGAAGGACUGGGUGCAGAAAAUCCGUGAGGUCACCAUGACAUCAGAGGCCAAGCUGGAAGAAGGGAAGAUGAUGGAGAGGAGGAAGAAGAUCGCGCUGGAGCUCUCAGACCUGGUGGUGUACUGUCGUCCCGUUCCGUUCGACGAGGACAAAAUUGGGACAGACAGAGCGUGUUUCAGGGACAUGUCCUCGUUCCCGGAGACAAAAGCUGAGAAAUAUGUGAACCGGGUGAAAGGGAAGAAGUUUCUGCAGUACAAUCGGCUUCAGCUGUCGCGUAUCUACCCCCGCGGUCAGCGCCUGGACUCCUCCAACUACGAUCCAUUACCCAUGUGGCUUUGCGGCAGCCAGCUGGUUGCUCUCAACUUUCAGACCGCAGAUAAACCCAUGCAGUUGAACCAGGCUCUGUUUAUGCUGAACGGGAAAAGCGGCUACGUCCUGCAGCCGUCCAUCAUGAGAGACGACAACUUCGACCCGUUCGACAGACACACGCUGAGAGGCGUCGAGGUCGUCACACUGGUCAUAGAGGUGUUGGGUGCGCGACACUUACCUAAGCACGGGCGAGGCAUCGUAUGUCCACUGAUCGAGAUUGAGGUUUGUGGAGCCGAAUACGACUGCACCAAGCAGAAGACUGACUCUGAAGCCGAUAACGGUCUGAACCCCACGUGGCCACACAAGCCGUUCCGCUUCACCGUGUAUAAUCCCACCUUCACCUUCCUGCGCUUCGUCGUCUACGAGAUCGACAUGUUCAACGACCAGAACUUCCUCGCUCAGGCCACCUUCCCCAUCAACUGCCUCAAAACAGGUUACAGGGCUGUGCCACUAAAGAACAGCUAUAACGAGGAUCUGGAGUUAGCAUCGCUGCUCAUCCAUUUGGAUAUCAGUAGAGGCAGGCUUGAGAACGGAGAGAUGUCGAGUCCAUUCCUCGGAGCAAUGGGUGUGAUGACAGCAGGGAGGGAGCGUUUAGGAGAGAGUGUGUCCUCCUUGUCCUCCAUGUCCUCCAUGUCUCCUCUCCCCUCGUCCCCGGCUCAGGCUCAGGCUUUGGGAUAUCGGGGACGUGAGGGAUCCUUCGAGUCUCGAUAUCAGUCACCGCUCGACGACUUCAGAGUGUCACAGGAAGCACUACUGGACCACAUAGACCCUCAGAACAGGUCCAGACUGAUGCGAAGAGCCCGAGUUGGUGGAGACAAUCGCGUGUAGCCUCACCACCCUACACACACACACACACACACACAUACAUACACACACACAUACACACGCACACACACACACACACACACACCACCACCAGGGUCCUGCUCAAGUGCUGAUGUCAUGGACUGCUGUGAAACCUGUUUCUAUGGAAACGUCGUCGCCAGCACUUUUGGCCUACAUUUCAGGCAGAACUCCCACCUCUCUCUCUCUCUCUAUACCUGUCUCACUCUCGGUGUCUCUCUCCCUGCACCCGAAGACCGUGUGAGAGGAAGACGGUGGGAGGGACGCAUCGGGGUCAUGCGGCGUAACGAGACACCGCCUGAUCGACACGUGCAUGUGCGGGACGUUCAGUAGCAUGAAAGACUGAAGAAACAACACCACCUGGGACGGGAUUGUGUUUAAAACUACUUUCAUUUGUUUUCCUUUUAUUUCUCUCUCUCUCUCUCUCUCUCUCUCUCUCUGGUAUAUAGAAACGUAUAGGUCUAUAUAUAAAUAUAUAAAUAUAUUUAUUCCGGCUCUGCUGUGUACCGGAGAACAGCUGCAGCUGAUCUGCUCUCAAAGAGCUUUUCUCCCCGUGUUUGUAUUAUUUAAACGCAAAUUUUUAACUUCCAUAAUGUGACUUUUUUUUUUUUUUUAAUUAACGUACGUGUCUAACACAAGGGCUUGGCUUUUUUUUUUUUUCAUGCUCUUUUCCUCCCACCGACUGAAGCGUCCACAUUCCCCCAGCACGCCCUCACCAUGUUUUUCUUUCGUCCUUUUCUUUCUUUUUUUCCCCCAGUCGAGCGGAAAUCCAAGCAGUCGUAAAACAGAGCGCUCAGGAAGAAGAAACCCCGGCCUUUUUUUUUUUUUUUUUGGGAUUCUGGCAGGCUUCAGAAAACUAGGACCAGGCGGAGGCUUUUUAAUUCUCACUUUUCUAUAAUCAGCUUAUGUAUCAUCUUUAUUAUUUGUGUGUGUUAGAGUCGUUUUUGUUCUUUCCAGGGACCAGGACACAAAGAAGGGAAGGAACGGGUGCCGUGUUUUAGGUCGGAAACGGCUCGCGGUUCGUUUUGAAACGCUUUGGUUGUUUGUUCAUCUCAGCUUUUUUUUUUUAAAUAAUCCUUGUGUAUUUUUUUUUUUUUUAAAGAGUAUUUUAUUUCCCUUCGGUUUUCUGCGUUCACACGAGUCCGUUCCUACUCCAGUGAAGGGGAAGCGCCGUUCGGUCCGUUCUGUAUGUUUUACGGUGUCAAACGUUCUUCUGGAGAGUUUCUAAAUCUGUAACAAUCAUGAACUCCACUCUGAUUCUAAACUUUAAAAAGUUCACAUUUUUCUGGCCCAGAAAUUAGCCCCUCCCCAUUUUCUUUUCCCAACCGAUUUUCAUUGGUCUAUUUAGGAUGAAAAUUGUAUUGACGUCAUUUCAAGUUUGAUUCGACUCCCAGGCGCUAAAGGGCAGUACUAAUACAUCAGAUACGAUAGCAAACCGCUCCUUUAAAAUCGACGUCCGCAGGCAAAAUUUCGUAUUAAAAUGUAAACAUGGACUUGUCGCGUCCUUUGCGUUUUUGUUCGGGCUCGUGAAAGAUUACGUAGUGCAAAAUACGCCGCUUGCUGCUUCUAAUAUCGUUCGAGUCCUUUAUAUUUUUUUUGGUUUGUUUUUAAAGCAAGGACCAAACGGAGCGUAGACUGUGUAGCAUCCGUGAGCUGUUCUUUAGACCCACUUUAACGAUGCACUAUUUGUGUUUUCCUCUUAAUUAGAACGGGUCAGGAAGCAGGCAGGGGCGGGGCUGUCGUCAGGAAACAGGAAGUGCCUAAUAAUAAUGACGUAAAACUUCACAUCGGUUCCAUGCUUUUGAGUUACCAAACUCUUGCCUGAUCAAGUACAGAUGAAACAGGAACCAGAAACGUGCACUUCCUGCCCGAGUGUUUGUUCACACACGAGUUUGAAGGAGAAAGCGGUGACUCGUCUUUCGCCACCGCAACGUUUUUUUUUUUUUAUUCUUUUGAUAAAAAUCUGCGCUGUGUAAAUCUCCUCUUGCCCCCCCCCCCCCGACGUCUGCUUCCGCGUGCCGUCGCGUGAGAGAGCGUGUACAUGUAUAUACAUAUUUAUACGUUAACGACAGACGGACAUUUACGCUUCAUUUUAGACAUUUUGUUACGAUGCUCUUAUUUACGAAUCGAAGCCUUUUUCUGUAACGUGCCUAUGCUAUAUUGAGAAGGGGGAAGGGAGGGGUAUACAUUUUAAUUUUGCCUUUCAUAUGGAACAUAUUCAAGCCUGAUUAAAAUAAUUAAAUAAAGUAUUCAACAAUG